UUAAAAAUGAGCACAUGUCUGGGACUGGGUAAAUAUAUAUUAAAAUUAAAAAUGUGUUCGAUGUGAGAAUAUUUUCGAGAUUUUUGACAUGGCAGAAGAUGGAGAAAAGACACCACCAACGCCAAGUAGUUCUGCAUCCUGUAACGAUGUUGAAAAAGGAGAAAAUAUAAAAAUUUUAGAAGUCGAAGAAGAUAAUGAACCAUUAGAAAAAGCUAAAGAAAAAGCACCACCUGGAAUCAACGCAUCGCUGGUUUUACUUUAUGCCGUAUUCUUUACGAUGUUCACUACAGGAUGGAUUAACUUAAACAGUUGUCCUGUGAACAGACUUAUACCGAUUUACUUAAUAGUGGCAGGUUUUGUAGGAGCAUUGGCCAAAUUUUUGAGCAAAACUGAUAACAAAUUUGUAUAUAAUUUUGCUAUAGCACUAGUGGUAAUGGAUAUAUUUUGGCAUGGUGUAGGCACAUAUGUGGUAUACAAAGAAUAUCAACCAAAUUAUGACCCUGAUUUAGGAAUCUACUGCAAUAGAACAGCUUAUCUGUUAUCAUUUUGGAUACUCACGUUUCAAUACACUUUGUUAGGAAUUUUCAUAAUGUUAUCAGGCUGUUAUUUAUUAAUGAAUGAAGAUUUUAAAAAAUGUUGAUUCAGAAUCUUUUUUAAACCUUGAUAUGUCCGAUCAAUAAUAAUAUCCCAAAUAUGUUAAUACUUUGAAUGUAUUAAAUUUUGAUUUCUUUUUAUACACAUCUCACAGUUGUUGGUUUUAAUAAAUUCUAUUGUAGUUC